CUGCCAAUCUAACUUUCCUGGAUUGCUCUGGUGGAGAUGGCAAUCAGAUAGACAGCCGGAAGGAUCGGCGCCGGCCAGGAAAGCGGGAGGCUUUCAAGAGGGAGAGAGAACCAGGAGUGGAGAUGCCGAAUGAAAUCGGAAUUCUAGAUGAAGAAUAUGACCGUAGAUGGACUUUUCCUCGCAGAAAGAGGAUUUUUUGGGGGAAGUUUCUGCGGAGUGACGGGUCCCGAGUACAAGGAUCAGGUGGCGGUGAAGAUUGGAUAGUUGGUGAAGGAAGAGCAAGGGAUGGAAUGGGGCGAGAAUGGAGAAAAGAGUGGAAGAGUGGGAGUCGAGAAAACGAGAUCCUGGUGAAGAAGAUUGCAAAGAUAGACUUGGCUUGGUUUGCUGUGGAUGGCUUGUUUGCCAACGAGAAGACAAUUUCAAAGGUAGAGAUCCGCAGACAAAUUCCUCCUAGUAAAGGUGCUACCAACGGAGAUGGGGAUGGUGGAGAAGCUGAAGAUUGGAACUGGUUCACUAAAUAUGAAGGUGAAAGGGUUGGUUUUGAUAAGGAGAGAGAUUAGGUUCAUUCCUGGCCUUGCUCGAUGAACUGUGAAUGUUUUGGAUGGACGGGCACAACUUUCCACUAGGAUAAUCACUUUGUGAAUAUGGUAAGGUUAUUAACUGGUGAAGAUUGUUGCUAGCCCAAAUACGUGCUUUUCUUAAGAAGCUGUCAAAAUAAGUGAAAAUGUCCAUUAGUUUAUGAUGCUCAUAGUAACUUUUGUUCUACAUUAUUAUCUUUGUUUAUGCCUAUGAAAUAAAGAUUUAGAUUUAAC